GGCCAACCUUGCUCAACAGGGGAUGGAAGUGUCGCCUGGUUACGAUCCCGCGAGCAGCAAAGGGUAAGGUCGCGGCUUGUGGACGUCGUAGGCAGGGACUAGGCCUUGAAUGUGUAUGGUGCGUGCGUGGAUUCUGUGGGCGUGACCAAACGGCCCUUUGCUCGCGCUCAAAUAAUAUAAUACGCCGACCACCCACGCUCCCCUCAAACUUUUCUCUUCCUUUCCUACCCUUACGCCACGCCACCCACGCUUUCCACCCACAAAGGCUUUCUCUCCAUCUUCUUGCUACGCGCCCUUUAACACAAUCCGUCGCGCCAAUGGCCGACCACUCCGCUGCCGGCGCUCCCGCGCUGUCAAACUUCGACGAGAAACCGGCCCAGCACGUCACAGAGAAGCGGCCCGUAGAAGAAGAGGAGGAGGAUGAGGACAUUGAUGCGCUCAUCGACGACUUGGAGAGCAACGAUGGCCAUGCCUUUGAAGAGGAAGAGGAAGUCCAGCCCGGCGGUGGCCGUGUCGUCCCCGAGGACAUGCUUCAGACAGACACCCGGGUCGGUCUCGCAUCCGAGGAGGUCAUCCAGCGUCGCCGGAAGUAUGGCCUCAACCAGAUGAAGGAGGAGAAGGAGAACCUUGUUCUCAAGUUCCUCGGUUUCUUCGUCGGCCCUAUCCAGUUCGUCAUGGAGGCCGCUGCUGUCUUGGCUGCCGGUCUUGAGGAUUGGGUUGAUUUCGGCGUGAUCUGCGGAUUACUGCUCCUGAACGCGGUCGUCGGUUUCGUUCAAGAAUACCAGGCUGGCUCAAUUGUUGAUGAACUCAAGAAGACUCUUGCUCUCAAGGCUGUUGUUCUCCGCGACGGAACCCUGAAGGAGGUUGAGGCCCCCGAGGUCGUUCCCGGCGAUAUCUUGCAAGUCGAAGAGGGUACCAUCAUCCCUGCGGAUGGCCGUAUUGUCACCGACGAUGCCUUCCUUCAGGUCGACCAGUCUGCCAUCACUGGCGAGUCGCUCGCUGUCGACAAGCACAAGGGCGACCAGUGCUAUGCUUCCUCGGCCGUCAAGCGUGGUGAGGCCUUUGUGGUCGUCACUGCCACUGGUGACAACACCUUCGUCGGCCGUGCCGCUGCUCUCGUCAACGCUGCGAGCGCUGGCACUGGCCACUUCACCGAGGUGCUCAACGGCAUUGGUACCAUCCUCCUCGUGCUGGUCAUCUUCACCAACUUGGUCGUCUGGGUUUCCAGCUUCUACCGCUCCAACCCGAUUGUCAUGAUUCUCGAGUUCACUCUGGCCAUCACCAUUGUCGGUGUCCCCGUCGGUCUCCCCGCCGUCGUCACCACCACCAUGGCUGUCGGCGCCGCCUACCUCGCCAAGAAGAAGGCCAUCGUCCAGAAGCUCUCGGCCAUUGAGUCUCUUGCCGGAGUCGAGAUCCUGUGCUCUGACAAGACCGGUACCCUGACCAAGAACAAGCUCUCUCUGUCAGAGCCCUACACCGUUGCCGGUGUUGACCCUGAGGAUCUGAUGCUCACUGCCUGCUUGGCUGCUUCGCGCAAGAAGAAGGGUAUGGAUGCCAUCGACAAGGCCUUCCUCAAGAGUCUCAAGUACUACCCGCGCGCCAAGGGUGUCCUGAGCAAGUACAAGGUUCUCGAGUUCCACCCCUUCGACCCCGUCUCCAAGAAGGUCACUGCCGUCGUCGAGUCUCCGCAGGGCGAGCGCAUCACCUGCGUCAAGGGUGCCCCCCUGUUCGUGCUCAAGACCGUGGAGGAGGACCACCCCAUCCCCGAUGAGGUUGACCAGGCCUACAAGAACAAGGUCGCUGAGUUCGCCACCCGUGGUUUCCGCUCGCUCGGUGUCGCCCGCAAGCGUGGUGAGGGCUCCUGGGAGAUUCUCGGCAUCAUGCCCUGCUCCGACCCUCCGCGUCACGAUACUGCCCGCACUAUCAAUGAGGCCAAGUCUCUCGGUCUUUCCAUCAAGAUGCUUACUGGUGAUGCCGUCGGUAUCGCUCGUGAGACUUCCCGUCAACUUGGUCUCGGCACCAACGUCUACAACGCUGAGCGUCUCGGUCUCGGUGGCGGUGGUGAUAUGCCCGGCUCUGAGGUUUACGACUUCGUCGAGGCCGCCGAUGGUUUCGCUGAGGUGUUCCCCCAGCACAAGUACAACGUCGUCGAGAUUCUGCAGCAGCGUGGCUACCUUGUUGCCAUGACUGGUGACGGUGUCAACGACGCUCCCUCGCUCAAGAAGGCCGACACUGGUAUCGCUGUCGAGGGCGCUUCCGAUGCCGCCCGCUCCGCCGCCGAUAUCGUCUUCCUCGCCCCCGGUCUCGGUGCCAUCAUCGAUGCCCUCAAGACUUCGCGCCAGAUUUUCCACCGCAUGUACGCCUACGUCGUCUACCGUAUCGCCCUUUCGAUCCAUCUGGAGAUCUACCUCGGCCUCUGGAUCGCCAUCCUGAACCGUAGCUUGAACAUCGAGCUCGUUGUCUUCAUCGCCAUUUUCGCUGAUGUCGCCACCCUGGCCAUCGCCUACGACAACGCUCCCUACAGCAAGACGCCCGUCAAGUGGAACCUGCCUAAGCUCUGGGGCAUGUCGGUUCUGCUCGGCAUCGUUCUGGCCAUCGGCACCUGGAUUACUGUCACGACCAUGUACGCGCACGGCCGCAACGGUGGUAUCGUUCAGAACUUCGGUAACAUGGACGAGGUCGUGUUCCUCCAAAUCUCGCUCACGGAGAACUGGCUCAUCUUCAUCACCCGUGCCAACGGUCCUUUCUGGUCUUCGCUCCCGUCGUGGCAGCUCACUGGUGCCGUCCUCAUCGUCGACAUUAUCGCCACUCUUUUCACCAUCUUCGGUUGGUUCGAGGACGGCCAGACUUCGAUCGUGGCUGUGGUCCGUGUUUGGGUCUUCUCUUUCGGGAUAUUUUGCAUUAUGGGUGGUCUCUACUACAUCCUGCAAGACAGCGUCGGCUUCGACAACCUCAUGCACGGCAAGUCGCCCAAGGGCAGCCAAAAGCAGCGGUCUCUGGAGGACUUUGUCGUCUCGCUCCAGCGCGUCUCGACCCAGCACGAGAAGUCGCAAUAGGCGACUCGCAUUCAUUUGGGAAUGGAAGGAGGCAGGAUUUGGCCGCGGUUGCUAGGAAGGGGGAUCAAGGAUGCAACCAGCGGGCCAAUCUUUUUCAUUUUCUGAUUUUUGUACGGACUUUAGUAUGGGGGGAUACCCUGAGUCCCUUAAGGACAAUCUAAUAAAGAUGUAAAAUAAUCGUGCGAUCCAGAUGCAUGUGAUCUGCCUGCAUUGUGUGGCCCGGCUGCCCAGCCAGAUUCGGACUCUUCACAUCUUGUUAGCACUCGAGCGGUCAGGAACCACCUGCAUGCGUUGCCACUCACGUGCUGCUCUCCAUCACAACCCCUGCCCAGUUUGGGACCAGCUGAUGAUAACUGAAUUGAAUAGGUAGCAAGUUCAAGU